AUGCUUUCGGCGAGAGGCGCCCUGUACGCCUGGCCAAGGCAAAAUGUUGCCUCGCAGUGUCUAAGACGGACGCUCGCCUGCAAAGCCUCUCUUACCCCUGUUCGCCAGCUGCCGGCCCCCCGUUACCAGUCGAGAUCGCUCACGACGACACAUCGCACGCUACAUGAGGCCGAGGCCGUGGCCCCUGCUCCCCAGAUAAGCGACAGCACGAACAGCAUAGAUGACAUCGAACAGACGGUGCGCGAUGCAAAGCAGCGGUUCCGAGAUACCCUUCCCCGAGACUACCUCAGCGAGGAGGAGUACACGCUGUACGUGCGUCUGUACGGCCCGCCUCUGAGGGAGACGGUGCCCCAGGAUGUCGGUAUCGAUACACACGCCGACAUGGCACAGUCACCGCCGCGGUCAGCCCGCGAGGGCACGAUCCUCAAGGAGCUGGAGGGCGGCGAGUUCGAGGAAAUAACCUACGAGAUCCCCCCCGAGGGGCACGGCGAAGAAGAAUCAUUACAGGAGGGCGAGUUGGCCGAAGAAGAGCUCACCGAGCACGAGAUGCAGACCCUAGAGCAGGCGCCGGCCAACACGAGCAUGGAGGAGCUGCAGGAGCUGCUUCCGGACGACCAGCAACGACCCAACUACAUACAGGCUGUGGCGCGGAACCAGCGAGAGGCUGACGCGCUGCAGCGCCUAGCAGACGACUUUGAGAGGUCACGAAAGGAGGCAGACCAGGAAUCUGCUGCUGCUGCCGCUGCCGCCGAAAAGGAACGGCGGGAGGUAGAGGUCAAGGAGGACAAGGCAGUGGAGAGCGCAGAGUCCCAGUCCUGGCCGGCUGAGUACGAGGAGGAGGAGGUGGGGGUGCUGCCGUGGGAGGAAGAGCUGGCACAGGAGCAGGAGGAUCCCGACGAGAACUACCAGCGCUUCCACCCGUACACGGUGGAGGGCAGCUUCCACGGAAAGUCGACGGAGGUGACCGUUCCCAGGGAGGAGCUCGUGCUGCCCGUCUCGGAUAUGCUCCGACGGACGCACAUCGACCACGUCCGCACAGCAGCCGAGAGGUCGCUGGGCGGGGCGGGGCUACCAUUGUCGUCGGAGACGCUGGCCUCGCACCGAAACGGCCACAUGGGCGGCGUGGGCCUGCUGGCGACGCAGCGCCACAUGACGGAGAUUGAGGCCGACGCCUUCAUGGCGGGGUUCAUGCCGGGUGUCUACGCGUCUACGUCUGCCAUCCUGCGCGAGGUGCGCAAGCGCGUAGGGCCCCAGUGGCUCCGAUCGAAGCUGCGCGAGGGCGGUGGCGGCGGCGUGAGCGUGCUGGACGCCGGCUCCGGAGGCGCCGGCCUGAUCGCGUGGAACCAGAUUCUACGGGCGGAGUGGGAGCUGCUCAAGGAGGAAGGGUCGGUGGGCGAGCACACGGAGCCCCCGCAGGGCCGCAAGACGGUCAUCUGCGGGUCUGACCGGCUGCGCAGCCGUCUGAAGGAGCUGCUGGACGACACGACGUUCCUGCCCCGCAUGCCCGACUAUGAGCACUCGGGCGAGAUGCGGGGCCCCCGCCUGGACGGCGGCGGCCAGCAGCCGCAGCGCAAGAGCUUCGACAUCAUCAUCGCGUCGCACAUGCUCCUGCGCGAGAAGGAGAGCCACCGGCGGCAGGCGAUCCUCAACAACCUGUGGCACCUGCUCAAGAAGGACGGCGGCGUGCUCGUCAUCCAGGAGAAGGGCCACCCCAGAGGGUUCGAGGCCGUCGCGCACGCCCGGCACACCAUGAUCAACAGCUUCAUGCUGCCGCCUUCGGGCGAGCCCCGCGUAGCCGCCGAGGACUUCAACGCCACCUUCCACCGCGAGCCGGAGCCAGGGCAGAUCCUGGCCCCCUGCACCACGCAGGGCACCUGCCCGAUGUACGUUGAGCCGGGCAAGAGCAACGGCCGCCGGGACUUCUGCCGCUUCAGCCAGAGGUUCGUGCGGCCGGCCUUCAACACCAAGCUCCUGCGCAAGCAAUCGGACAACCACGGCGAGGUGGAAUUCAGCUACGUCGCCGUCCAGCGCGGCGUAUCCCGUCCCCGGAGCAUCCCGUCCGGUCGCGAAGCCACCGAGGCGGCCCAUCGGGGGUACGAGAAGUCGGACACGCCGCCGGACAUGCAGACGCUGCCGCGCAUGGUGCUCCCGACGCUCAAGCGCAAAGGCCACGUGACGAUGGACAUGUGCACGCCCGAGGGCCGCAUCGAGCGGUGGACGGUGCCCAAGAGCUUCAGCAAGGCGGCCUACCACGACGCGCGCAAGUCGCGAUGGGGUGACCUCUGGGCGCUCGGCGCCAAGACGAGGGUCGAGCGCGACGUGAGGCACGGGCAGACGGACGAGAUGGCCAAGAGGCAGGCCGGACGGUCCAAGAAGGGUCGCAGGAGCAUCGCGGAGAGCCUCGGCGACGGGCCCGACGGGGCUGCGCCUCAGAAGAAGCACAAGGGUCCCAAGUCCAAGAAGCAGAAGGAGGUCGAGAUGAUUAUGGAGAUCAGGAGAGCCGAGGAGGAGGAGGUCGCCGAGAUUGAGGAGGAGAUGGCUCAAGAGGUAGAGGGUGACGACAGGCAGAGAAGGUAG